AUGAUACCCCCUUGUGACCCCUCCAUUCUCGAGAACAAUCCGCAGUUCAAACGACUCUACGAGAGCCUUACUGCGAACCUCCUGAACCCCGAUGGCUCAACUCGCGCGCACAGUGCAGACCCGACCCGAGAAGCAGUUGCAGAGGACUUGAAACAAUGUCAGAUACGGAGCGCAAAGAAGCGGAUCAAGGAGCGGACACUCAAGCAGCUGGCGUUUGGAGCGGACAGCGGGCUCCCGAACGAGUGUCAUGAUAAUCUGGCCAUCAUAUCGCUCUAUCUCGAGACGCCACGCAGUGCAAUCGACCCAGGUAGCUCGCAAGAUGCCGAUGGACCAACACAAGACAAUGCGCUCUCUCUACUGGCCCCCGAGCUCGAAGCCUUCUACUCAAACAUCCCAACCCUGAUACUCCCAUUCUCAAAAAUUCUCUCUGCAGCCAUCCAUGAGCUCCGAAGCCUAUCAACAACAAACGCCGAGACCAGCCCCAACACAGAACCUUUGCACGAAAAGCCGCAAAACAUCUCCGCCCAUUACCGCUCGACCUCAGACCAUUAUGCCCGUGCACGCGCCCGAGACCGACGGGUCCGAACAUCAAUGGCGCCUGUCCCACCCCUCGCGUCGCAGCUGGCAGACCGUAUCCGGACCCUCCGCCGUGUGCAACUCUCAGAUCUGCCUACCGCGCGCCGACAGAUGGCUGCCACUGCAGCUGCAUUGCUGGCGGUACAAACACAGGUGUUUGAGCGGGUAGUUGUGGUUCUUGAACGGGUGAAAUAUGGAGCCUUUGCGCGGGCGACGAAAGCCAAGGCGGAGCACUUGGCCACAGUUGCACAAGGGGUCGAGGGAAAGCUAGAAGUCACCAAGCUCGAGAUAGCAUCAACUCUCUACACACCCGAAACACUGGGUGCGCUCAACCGGUACAAGCAACAUAUCCGCGAAACAAAGAACCGGCUGGAUGAGCGACGAGAGUUAGCCAUCAAUGAACUAAAGCGUUACGGACACGUAGAAGUCCCUGAAACCGCGGGGGCAGAUCGCGGCGGACCUGAUGGAGGCACGAUGACAGAGAUCGCACGCCGUUACGGCUCCCUGGCAAAAGAAGUCGAGACCGUACGAAUGGAAAUCGCACGACUGGGCGAGUAA